AUGUUAAGAUCUCAAGAGGAAUCGCUUGAGCAAAGAGAUCAGAUGGCCAAAAUGAUAGUGAUGAUGACAGCUUUGGUCAAAGGAAAGGGACCUAUGCAGAGCCCUGACACUAUGGAGCCUCAGCCAAUAACUAAUCAUGAUCAGGAUCUGCUCUAUCCUCCAGGAUUCACUCCACCUCACGCACAUGUAAUGCAAAGAGAACGUCCUCAAGGAGAACCUGCAAGUGUGGAGCAACGACCUGUACCCCCUAUUCAUCUAGGGCAAGAUAAGUAUAGAAGUUUGGAAGAAAGACUCAAAGCGAUAGAAGGUACUGAAGCUUUCUCUGCAUUGAGUGCCAAAGAGCUCAGUUUGGUGCCCGAUCUGGUUCUGCCUCCGAAAUUAAAAGUACCAGAUUUCAAAAAAUACGAUGGCAUGAGAUGUCCAAAAGCUCAUCUUAUCAUGUUCUGCCGGAAGAUGACUGGUUAUGUGAAUGAAGAUAAAUUGCUAAUACACUGUUUCCAAGAUAGCUUGAUGAUGGAAAAGAAGCUAACGGAGACUUUUAGGCAAUACGGGCAAAGAUGGAGGGAUAUAUCGGCCCAAGUAGAACCCCCAUUAACCAAAACUAAAUUAACAGUCCUCUUCAUCUACACUUUGAAAGCUCCGUUUUAUGAUAAGUUAGUAGGAAGUGCCACGAAAGACUUAGCAGAUAUUGUAAUAUCUAGGGAACUUAUAGAAAAUGCCAUCAAAAGUGGAAGGAUGGAAGGUUCCGAGAGCUCGAAAAGGGUAGCACCUGUAAAGAAAAAUGAGGCAGAAGCCUAUAUAGUGGGAACUGAGAAUUACUACACUUCUAAUCCGUAUCUUAGAUUUGAUGGUACUAGCAAUACAACUGGAAAUCUGCUCCCUAACCAUACUGAAGGAAAUGUGAGCGCGGUGACCGAGGAAGACAAGUGGCGAACCAAAAGCUGCGUUUCUGAAAUAAAGACACAUUUACAGAAGAUAUGGAAGGUAAUGGUUGAAAAUGGGUUAUUCUGUCGCCCCUGCAGAAUCUUUAAAGAAGGAAGUAUAAAAAGUCAAUAUUUUUGUGACUUCCAUGGUAUUGAAGGGCAUGACAUUCAGUAUUGUAAGGAAUUUAGAAAGUUACUUCAAGACAUGAUGGACAACAAGGAGAUUGGGAUCUUUAACAAAAAGGUCGAUGAGGGAGAAGUAUGCGCUUCUGAGAAUCAAUCAUCAAGUUUCCCUUAUAGCGCCGAUUGA